AUGUUAAGGUUGGUACUUCAUAAGAGAAAUUAUGUGACUAGAGAUAAUUCUAAAAACCAAAAAAGAAUAACAUUUUCAGGAAUUCAACCUACAGGAAUACCACAUUUGGGAAAUUAUCUUGGAGCUAUAACAAGUUGGGUGUCUUUACAAAACAAUCAAUCAUCUGAAUCAGAAUUGAUAUUAUAUUCAAUAGUUGAUUUACAUGCACUCACAAUUCCGAAAGAUGCUGAAAUGUUGCGAAAAAGUAAAAUUGAGAUAGCAAUUAUAUUAUUGGCUUGUGGAAUUAACCCAAAAAAAUGUUUAAUUUUUGAACAAUCAAAGGUACCUGCACAUUCGGAAUUAUCAUGGAUAUUGAAUUGUAUUAUACCAAUUGGAUGGCUGUCAAGAAUGACUCAAUGGAAGACUAAAAUUCAAGAACAAAAAAAUAUACAAUCAAUAGAAGACAUUGAUAUAUCAAUUGGAUUGGAUUUAGGUCUAUUUACAUAUCCUGUAUUACAAGCUGCUGAUAUAUUACUUUACAAAUCUACUCAUGUACCAGUUGGUGAUGAUCAAGUUCAACACUUGGAAUUAACAAGAAAUAUAGCUGAAAAGUUUAAUAAAUUAUACAAAAAAAAUGUAUUUCCAUUACCACAAACUAUUCUUGUUCCGGCCAAACGUAUUUUAUCACUUAAAGAUCCUUCAAAAAAAAUGUCAAAAUCAUCACCAUUUGAGUAUUCUAGAAUAAAUUUAACAGAUUCACCUAAAGAAAUUUCUCAAAAAAUAAACCGAGCUACUACUGAUUCACAAAAAGGCAUUUCAUAUUCACCUGAUAUACGUCCUGGUAUUUCCAACUUAAUUAAUAUUUAUUCCAGUUUUACAGGUUUGACUAUUGAACAAGUUGUAAAUAAAUAUAAAAAUUAUGAUAAUAAAAUGUUUAAAGAUUCAGUUACAGAAGUUGUUAUACAACAUUUACAGCCAAUUCAAAAAGAAAUUGAAAAGCUAAGAAAAGAAGAAGGAUAUGUAAAAAAUGUACUUGAAGAUGGUGCAAAUAAAGCUAAUGAAAUUGCAAAAAGAAAUUUAAAUGAAAUAUAUAAAAUUAUAGGAUUAUACCAUUAA